AUGGAGAGUGUUCUGGCAAUCAUCCUUGAUGAUGGCUCGGAGACAAAGUUGUAUCCCCUGACAAAGAGAAUAUCAAAAGGGGCCAUUCCAAUAGCAGCAAACUACAGGCUGAUUGACAUUGUGGUGAGCAACUGCAUCAACAGUAACAUUAUCAGGAUAUAUGCUCUAACUCAGUUCAACUCCACCUCCCUAAAUUCUCAUCUGUCAAGAGCCUAUUCUAACAUUGGGCUCGGAAAGGAUGGUUUUGUAGAAAUUUUGACAGCAUACCAAAGCCCUGAAGAGCAAGGUUGGUUUAAGGGAAAUGCAGAUGCUGUUAGGAGAUGGUUGUGGGUAAUAAAAGAUCAUCCAGUGGAGGAGUUUCUGGUUCUUUCCAGUCACCAUAUUUAUGAAAUGGACUAUGCAAAACUUAUUAAAGGACAUAGAGAUAGCGGAGCAGAUAUCACAGUUGCUGUUUCAUGUAACAGAAGGAACAAUAAUCCCAGUUAUGAUUUCUUAAUACAGAAUCACAGAAAUAAAUUUUCUGAAGUCAAACAUGCACCAGAUAGGGAUCGAGAUAAUUAUGCAGCAAUAGGAAAUUCUACAAAAGAAGAAGUUUGUGGUGGCAGAAGCAUGGGAAUCUAUGUCAUCAAGAGAGACAUCAUGAUCAAACUCUUAGAAAAGCUCCUACCUAAGGCCAAUGAUUUCAGAAGUGAAGUUAUACAACGUGCAAUUUCCAUGGGAAUGAAGGUUCAUGCUUAUAUGUUUGAUGGACAAUGGGAAGACGUUGAAACCAUUGAAGCCUUCUACCGUGCCAACAUUGAAAGUGCAAGGAGAACAUCUCAUGGCUUCAAUUUCCAUGACAGAAACUCUCCUAUCUACACCAUGCCACAUUGCCUACCACCUACUGUACUUACCAAUGCUCUCAUAAGGGAGAGCAUUAUUGGUGAUGGUUGCAUUCUACAUAGGUGCGAGAUCACUGAUUCCGUGAUUGGUAUGCGAACAUAUAUCGGAGAAGAAGCAGUGAUUGAGGAUUCUGUGAUCAUGGGUAGUGAUUAUUACCAAGUGCAACAGAACUGGACAAAAUUGCAAGGCUUCAAUGUCCCAGUUGGGAUUGGAGAACAGACUCAUAUUCGAAAGGCUAUAGUUGAUAAGAAUGCAAGGAUAGGAAGAAAUGUCAGGAUUGUUAACACAGAUGGGGUCCAAGAAUGUAACAGAGAGGAGCAUGGAUACAUCAUUUCUGGGGGCAUAGUUGUUGUUUUGAGUAAUGCAGUAAUUCCAGAUGGCAGCAUCCUCUAACUGAGCCAUGAUGCAGGGUCGGAUUCUGUAUUUAUUUCAUUUAUUACAAGGAAGAAUAAAAAACAUGAUUUGAAGAUGAUGUGAACAAGAGAUUUAUAUACAGCAUUACAAUUUUCAUCCAUGUUUCUUUUUUUUUCAUCUACUUUUCCUUUUCUCUUUUUAAAGAAUAGGCACAAGCACCAGAUCAACUCUUACAAGGACACGCAUCUUGCAGCUAGCCCCAUCGCCAUCCCUUGCAUCCAAUGGAGUGUUACCAUGCCCAUAGUCCCCUAAAAAUAUUUCCAACUAAAUCAAACUACUUGGAUCAUGAAUGAGUUGAUGCCAUAAAUACAAUUACUGUUCAUGCCAAAUUAAUCCCUGCUCUCGGCAUUACAAAACUCCAAUCACAACCAACCCUAAAGCCCUCUCUCUGUCUGUCACCUGACCAGCAACUGCCCUCUUAUUUCAACACCAUUAAAUGACAAUAAUAAUAAUAAUUAUAAUCGAAGAAGAAUCAACUACAGAAGGCCCCGAGAUAAAAGAACAGAUCAAACGGUAAUGCAAACAAAAAAAAAAACUACUAA